AUGGAAGUCCUGUUCGGGUCGUCCGAAAACCCCGACGGCGUCUACCAGUACCUGCCAGACAGUGGUGAUGGCGCCAUCCUGAUAACGACGCGCUCGAAGGAUGUGGCGCUGGGCGUGGGAGGCGAGAUGGUCAUACUUUCAGAGAUGAAAGUGGAGGAGGCUACGAAUCUCUUGACCAAGACGCUGGUCGACAAACGCCUAGUUAAGGAUGAGAGGGGAGUAACCUCGUUGCUCAAACAGCUGACCUAUCUCCCAUUAGCGAUCACGCAGGUGGGAGCGUACAUUAACAGGAACCGAGUAUUAAUUGCGAAGUAUGUCGAGCUACUGACGGGUACCGAGCAAGACGUUGUCAGCUUGAUGAGUCGGGAGUUCCACGUUUCUACUCGGUAUCGAGGCUCUAGGAAUGCUGUGGCCACCUCGUGGCCAGUGUCGUUCCACGAGAUCCAGAAGUCGGAUGCCGCUGCCAUCAAGUUAUCGUUGUUUCUAUCCUGUAUUAAACCAAAAGCCAUCCCACAAUCGAUUCUGCCUUCGUUAACUUCGGAGGAGGCGAUGGUCAAGGCGAUCGGGACGCUAGACGGCUACGUUUUUCUAGUCCGGCGCGGGGACACGGACAUAUUCGACAUGCACAGCCUGGUCCAUUUGGCCACGAGAAUCUGGAUUGGGAGGAACGCGCUCAUGCCACAGGCCGAGAGGGAUGCCAUCCAGCAUAUGGCGGCCAUCUUUCCGUCCGUGUCCUAUGAGAAUUGGAAUCAAUGGCGCGUAUAUCUACCACAUGCGCUUCGUUUGCUUCGAGGAAAAGAGACGGUUGCCAUGGAGGAGAGUUACGAUCUGUACUUCGAUGUUGGGUUGUGUAUGCGGGAAGAUGGGCGCAUCAAAGAAGCUGUGACCUGCUUUGAAAAGUGCUAUCACUGGCGUCAAGACCAUCUUCCUUCGAAUGAUCCGGCCAAACUUCGACCCCAGCGUGAACUUGCCUCAGCAUAUGGGAUGAAUGGAGAAAUUAAGGAGGCAGUAUUGCUCCUAGAAGAGGUGGUCAAGAUUCAGGAGGAGACAAUACUGAAGCAUCAUCUUGAUCGACUAUUAUCACUACAUUCACCAGCCGUUGUAUAUUAA